AAACCAGAAUGAAUCUUAGUAUCAAACAGUUUCUACCCAGCUGCUGCCUAGAAACCUUCUAAACCUCUUCUUCUUUAUCAUCUUCUUCAUUCUUAUAACAUUUUCCCAACUACCAACAUCGGCAUAUAAACUUGUCAGAAGCAAACCAUUCCCUGAGUUCUCAGGUUCGAGCUCUGCUAAGCGCUUUGCUGCAAUCCUUGCAAGCUCCAUGUUCCCGUGAUUCCUACACGCACCUAACAAAGCACCCCACACAAACAAAUCCGGCUCCAUUCGCAUAGUCUUCAUCAUUUCAUAGGCCUCAACAAGCUUCCCUGCUCGUCCGAGAAGAUCCACCAUACAAGCAUAAUGCUCCAAUCUCGGCUCGAUUCUGUACUUGGUUUGCAUCAAAUGGAACAAAUUUUGUCCAAGAUCAGUUAACCCGGCAUGGCUGCAGGCUGUGAGGAUGGCUGUGAAUGUUAAGUGAUCGAGUUUCUCUCCUGUGGCUUCCAUCUGAUCAAAUAGCUCAACUGCUUUGUCUGAGAGCCCGUGAUUUGCGUAACAGAAGAUCAUCGAGUUGAAAGUAACUGUUGUCUUCUUUGGCGUCUUGCGAAACAAGAUCAUUGCUUCUGAUAUGAAUCCACAUUUCCCAUACAUAUCAAGCAAAGCACUUCUAACAAAACCGUGAUCUUCUAGUCCAGUGACUACAGAGUAACCGUGUAUCUCCUUCCCGUGCUUCAUAUUUGCAAGUGUCGUACAAGCAGGCAAAAGAGUUGUGAUUGUAGCUGAGUUUGGAUACAACCCAUGAGUUAACAUCUGUUUAAAAGCAUCAAAAGCUUUCUCAUUCUGAAAAUUAUGUACAAGGCCUGAUAUAAUAGAAGUCCAAGACACAACGUCGGGCAUGUAACCAUCCAAACACAUCAACUCAAGAAUCUCAGAUACUUUUUCUUCAUUUCCCAUAUGCGAGAACCCUGAAAUUAGAGCAUUCCAAGUGAUAAUAUCAGGUUUUAUUCCCAGUAGUUUCAUAUCUUUCACCAAGUUCAAUGCUUCAUCUGCUUGGCUAUUGUUAGCAUAACCAGAGAUCAUAGCAUUGAACACGACCAAAUCUUGUUCACCCAAAUCAUCGAACACCUUCCUCGCAUUCACUACCUCCCCGAACUUCGAGUACAUAUCAAUAAGCGAGCUAACUAUAAAAGCAUCAGACUCAAACGAACACUUCAGCACAAGACAAUGUAUCAUCUUCCCAAAUUCUCGAUCAAGCAGAUUGCGACUGGCUUUAAGAAGACUAGGAACAAUGAAAACAUCAAGUUUUAAACCUUCUUUAUUCAUUUCCCUGAAGAUAUCCAAAGACUCCUGGUAAUACCCAUAUCGAGCACAAGCCCCAAUCAUGACAACCCAUCCACUAAUAUCUCUCUUGGGCAUUUCAUCGAACACCUUCCUCGCAUCUAAAACUUUCCCACAUUCAACAUAAAAAGAUACAAGCUUAGCAGCAAUUCUCGUCAAGCGAGCAAUCCCAGAUGUCACUAAAUGAGCAUGAAGCACUAUUCCUCCACAAAGCAGUCGAUCUCGACUGUUGGCUUCGAUGAGUUCAACAUAAGAACCGAUUGACAAUAACCGAACAGAACAAGGAAUGGUGGCAAAUUUAUUCAUGGGUAAGAAUCAAAGCUUCAAAACUUAUCAAAAACCGCAUUACUGAUGAUAGAUUGAAGUAUUAAAGCUCCCAUUUUUAUCGGACAGAGAACGAAGAAGUAAGAACAGAGUUAACGAUUAUACCAGAUUAAACGGUACAAACCGGAACGGUUAAUAGAUAACCGGAAAUUGGAGGUGAAAUUAAACAAAAACCGGAUUCGAUUGUCCAAAAAGGAGGAAUGCAAUCCAAUGAGACAGAGCAAAUUAUGUAUGCAACAUCUUCGAUUCUGUCUCCAACACCACAAAGUUUCUUCCUUUCUCAUCAUCUUCCUCCAAUUUCAUUCCUUUAUCGGAUUAAUUUUCUGGGAUUUCCUGUAACAAGAAGUUGCUGCUAUGGCGGAGACAUUGGUCUCGCUUCGUUUUAUAAACGACGGAGUGGUAUACAAAGACGGAGAAAUCGAAUUGUCGUAACCAGAGCUAGAGCCUCUCCUUACGAGAUUCUUGGUGUGUCUCCAUCAGCUACUCCUCAAGAUAUAAAGAGAGCUUAUCGUAAACUUGCUCUGAAAUAUCACCCAGAUGUCAAUAAAGAGGCAAAUGCGCAAGAGAAGUUUUUGAAAAUAAAGCAUGCAUACACUACUCUGAUCAACUCUGACUCACGGCGUAAGUACGGUUCAGAUAGUCGCGCGUCUGGUUAUUCGACGGGUCAAACAAGUCGAAAAGGCAAUAGUCAAGUCGAGGAAGAUUUCUAUGGACUUGGUGAAUUCGUGAGGGAUGUUCAAAUAACAAUCGGGGAUUUCUUCAAAGACCUUCAAGAAGAGUAUAAGAAUUGGGAAGCUAGUGCGUCCUCACAAGGAAAACCGAAAAGUCUAUGGGAAGAACUAGCGGAAAUUGGGGAAGAAUUUGUAGAGUUUCUUGAGAAAGAACUUAACAUUAGCGACGAAGACAAUGAAGGAUCAAGCAAAAACGGAGAAAGAUAUGAUUUUGAAGAAAGCUCAUCAACAGAGAAAUCGUCGUCAGGGAAGAAUAAUAAUAAUAGCACGAAGAACAGUAUAGAAGACAAUAUUGAUGAGAUCGAAGCAACUCUUGCUCAAUUGAAGAAAGAUCUUGGCUUGCAAUAAUUCCAUGAGUUAUAUUAAAAUCUUUUUCUUAUGAAAGAUUUAUUGGUGAGAAAGUAUAUUUCUUAGAAUAUUAUUUCAUGAAAGCAAUUAUGGUUAAUUGGUUAUAAAGAUAAAUUCAAAAAAGAAUAUUAUGAAUGA